GAACCUCGCAUCCGCCUCGUUCUGGUGAAACAGGAAGCUUUUCAAUAUGGCGGAUCCGAAAGAACUCCAGACAAAUCUUACUCAAUAUCGCGCUCAACUCAGUCAGGUUGAUGCUGCUCUUACAACAGAUCCUGAUAACGAGGAGUUGUUGAAGUUAAAACAGGAUUUAGAGGAAGUUAUUAAUUUGACUUUGGAUCUGUUGAAAGUUAAUGUGAAAGUUCCCGAGGCAGAGCUACCCAACGCUAAGUGGAAGGUUGGACACAGAUGCCAAGCUGUUUGGACACAGGAUGGCAACUACUACCCUGCCACUAUUGACCUCAUAUCAGAUGACCUUUCAACAUGCACUGUCACCUUUGAUUACGGAAACACAGAAAUUGUUAAGCUAGAUUCAUUAAAAGAUAUAUCUGCAGCUUCCGCCGGUGACAAGAGACCCAGUGAUAAUCAAGAAUCCAGUUCAAGUAAAAAAAUAUCCAGGAAAGAAAAGGAUCAACUAAGAGAACAGAAACGGAAGAAAAUGGCCAAGAAACAACUGAGAAUGAAGGAACUAGAGGAACAAAGAGAGGGGGAAAAGAACAGAUGGCUAGACUUCUUCAACAACUCCAAGGGAAGUAGUUCAAGCUCAACCAAGUCCAAACUGCCAAAGAAUUUAAAAGGGGUUACAAAGAAAAGCAUUUUCGCGUCACCGGAAACACUCAACGGAAGGGUGGGUGUUGGAACGUGCGGGAUUGGUGACAAGCCGAUGACAUCGUUCAAGCAAGACAAAGUGGUCUACAAGAAAUAGCAUGAGCUAAGCAUGGGGGGGGGGGAGAGGGGGAAGGGAGACUUGUAUAGCUAUGUGGAGAGUUGUAUAGCUAUGGGGAGACUUGUAUAGCUAUGAAGAGAGUUGUAUAGCUAUGGAGAGAGUUGUAUAGCUAUGGAGAGAGUUGUAUAGCUAUGGGGAGACUUGUAUAGCUAUGGGGAGACUUGUAUAGCUAUGGGGAGACUUGUAUAGCUAUGGGGAGACUUGUAUAGCUAUAGGGAAACUUGUAUAGCUAUGGAGAGAGUUGUAUAGCUAUGGAGAGAGUUGUAUAGCUAUGAAGAGAGUUGUAUAGCUAUGGUUAGAGUUGUAUAGCUAUGGAGAUAGUUGUAUAGCUAUGGGGAGAGUUGUAUAGCUAUGGAGAGAGUUGUAUAGCUAUGGAGAGAGUUGUAUAGCUAUGGAGAGAGUUGUAUAGCUAUGGAGAGAGUUGUAUAGCUAUGGAGAGAGUUGUAUAGCUAUGAAGAGAGUUGUAUAGCUAUGGUUAGAGUUGUAUAGCUAUGGAGAGAGUUGUAUAGCUAUGGGGAGACUUGUAUAGCUAUGGAGAGAGUUGUAUAGCUAUGGAGAGAGUUGUAUAGCUAUGGAGAGACUUGUAUAGCUAUGACUAACUAGAUAUGUACAUAUAUGCAGCUGUAUGCAGAUGCAUGUUUCUGCCCAAAGAGGGAUAUAGCUUGGGCAGAUGACGGGAUUUCUAAAACAGGGCAUAUACAUAGAGCAUGCCCUUAGAAUACACUAAUUUUAUCCCUUAAACCACCUUACUAGAGUUAUCAAACUCAAGAGAAAAGCAGAGCAUAGGAGUAUGUUUUGGAUCCCACUUGGACUUUUGGGUAUACAGACGAAGCAGUCAUAAAACAGCAGGGGGCCUCUAAAACCAAUAUCAUAUGCAUACCAGUUAGUUUCCCUGGCGUUUACAAUAUAACAGUGCAAAAAACUAUCGAAUUUUUCAUGAUUGUACUGGUAUUUUUGUAAUGUCUGUUUGGAACUGAAGCUCAAGGGCCACUCAUGUUCCAUGCCUGAGGAAUCUGAAAAUGCAUAAUAGACUCACACAGACUACUCCACCAUACACUACUACACUACUUCCAUACACCACCAGUUAAACACACGAAAUGAUGUUGACAAAUGCAAUAACAUCCUAACUGUUUUACUAUGUCGCUUUUAAAUGUCUUCAACGGAAGGGGUUGUAUUUGGCUCUUCAUAUCCUCCUCCUUACACAUUAUUUCACUGGUCCGUUCUCGGGAUAAUGGGCCUGUGGUUUUGAAUGCUUUUGCUCGCGUAAGUUAAUUUGCAAUUAUCUUGUUACUUUUUGCUCGUUUUACAUAAUGUUUGAAGCUUAUCUUAUUUUAAAAAGUGCUCGAAAUGGGAGAGCCCCCCCCCCCCCCCCCCCACACACACACACACACACUCUUUGGAAUCCCAUAAAGAAAUCGGCCCCCUAUAUAAGUAGCGUCAGUCUAAAAUGUCAUGCUUUUUGUAAAUAAAGUUUUAGCUGUC